AUGGCUGGCGCACUUCAGAAUGCAAAGCGCGAUCUUCCAAAGAUCAGAGACGAGGACAGGGAAUCAAGAUUCGGCCAGGUCUAUGGCGUAUCCGGUCCCGUCGUUGUCGCCGAGAACAUGACCGGCGCAGCUAUGUACGAGCUCGUACGCGUCGGUCACGACGAACUUGUCGGAGAGGUCAUCCGUAUCGAGGCCGACAAGGCCACUAUCCAGGUUUACGAGGAGACGUCCGGUGUCACUGUCGGCGAUCCUGUCAUGCGCACAGGAAAGCCGCUCAGUGUCGAACUUGGUCCAGGCUUAAUGGGUAACAUUGUUGAUGGUAUUCAGCGGCCUCUUCGCGCCAUUCAAGAAGUCUCCAAGUCCAUCUACAUUCCCCGUGGUAUCAACACCGAAGCCCUUGAUCGAUCUCUCCAGUGGGACUUCACCCCUACCUCCUUCAAGGUCGGUGACCAUGUAUCUGGAGGAGAUAUCUUCGGUGGAGUCUACGAGAAUUCGCUCAUUAACAACCACAAAAUCAUGCUGCCACCUCGCGCAAUGGGUACUAUAACGCACAUUGCCGAGAAAGGUAGUUAUGCGGUUGAUGAUGUGGUUAUGGAGACUGAAUUCCAAGGGAAGACGACAAAGCACACGCUGAUGCAGCUCUGGCCCGUCCGUGCUCCUCGUCCCGUGACCGAGAAGCAAACCGCCGAUUUCCCUUUACUGACUGGUCAGCGAAUCCUGGAUGCUCUUUUCCCUUGCGUACAAGGUGGUACCACCGCCAUUCCUGGCGCUUUCGGCUGUGGCAAGACGGUUAUUUCCCAAGCCUUGUCCAAGUUCUCUAACAGCGACAUCAUCGUUUACGUUGGUUGUGGUGAACGAGGAAAUGAGAUGGCUGAAGUAUUGAUGGAGUUCCCUACCUUGACCAUGGAAGUUGGCGAUCGCCAAGAACCUAUCAUGAAACGCACGACUCUUGUUGCGAACACCUCCAACAUGCCUGUCGCCGCUCGUGAAGCCUCCAUCUACACCGGUAUCACCCUGUCAGAAUAUUUCCGUGAUCAGGGCAGUAAUGUUGCCAUGAUGGCUGACUCCACCUCCCGGUGGGCUGAGGCGCUUCGUGAAAUUUCUGGUCGUCUCGCUGAAAUGCCUGCCGACUCGGGUUACCCUGCAUACCUUGGUACUAAGCUUGCUAGCUUCUAUGAGCGAGCAGGCAAGGUCAGCUGCCUCGGUAGCCCACAGCGGCAAGGUACGGUCUCUAUCGUUGGAGCCGUGUCCCCUCCUGGUGGUGAUUUCUCCGAUCCGGUUACGUCUGCAACACUCGGUAUUGUGCAGGUCUUUUGGGGUUUGGAUAAGAAGCUGGCCCAACGCAAGCACUUCCCAUCCGUCAACUGGAACCUUUCGUAUUCCAAGUAUACUAAGGUGCUUGAACCUUACUACGAGAACACGGCACCGGGCUUCGUGGAGCUGCGUAUGAAGGCAAAGGAGAUUCUCCAGAAGGAGGAAGACCUUGCCGAAAUUGUCCAGCUCGUUGGCAAGAGUGCUCUCGGAGAGAACGAUAAGAUCACGCUCGAGGUUGCGCGAAUGCUUAAAGACGACUUCCUGCAACAGAAUGGCAUAAGUGAAUACGAUCGCUUUUGCCCUUUCUACAAGACAGGCGCAAUGCUUCGCAACUUUGUCUCGUUCCACGAUUCGGCGCAAAAGGCUGUUGUGCAGGGCGAUCUCACAUUUUCGAAGAUCAAGGACUCCGCUAGCGAUCUUAUGUUCAAGCUGUCGCAGAUGAAAUUCGAGUCUCCAUCACAAGGCCAGGAUUCAAUUCAGCAGAAAUUGGACGCCCUUCACACGGAGAUCCAAGAGCAGUUCCGUCAAAUGGUAGAAUAG